CCGCGUCGCUGUCAGUCGCUCUACCCCCUCUACACCUCACUCUACCACUACCAGCGGCCAUGGUCUGCACACUAAGCGCGACGGUGCUGGAGGCGCACGCGCUGGGCGGCACCAAGAUGUUCGAGGUCAAGGUGGCGUGCAAGGGCAAGAGCACGUCCGUCUACAAGAGCAAGGAGGACUUCAAGAGCGUGCUCGACAUGUUCCGCCUCGUGGGCGCCAUGUGCCGCGCCAAGAGCGACCGCUGCGAGGUGUGCGCCGCCUGCAGCGCCACGAGCGCCGGCCGCCUGGGCGACGAGGACGCGCUCGACGCCUUCCUCGGCGACGUGCUGGCCAAGCUGCGCAAGGCCGAGCCCGAGCUCAUCGAGAAGUGCAGCUCGCACCGCGGCGUCGUGCAGAUCCUCAUGGACUUCCUCAACGUGCGCAACGGCAAGUACUUCUGCGAGCUCACGCCCGAGAUGGAGGAGGAGCUGUCCCCGAGCAGCAGCCGCGGCGGCAACAACAACAACGACGGUCUGCUGCACGACGAGGUGGACGUGGACCACCCCGUCUCGCGCUGCUCGCUCAACCGCACGCUCUCGGAGCAGUUCGCGGCCAUGGACUCGGUGUGCUAGUCCGCGCAAGGUCCACAGGCCCCCCUCCCUUUUGUCCACGCGAGCUCCUCCCUCCCCCCGCAUUCCACUAUAUAAACUCAAGCCAAGUGAACCAAGCGCUUGUCCUCCCGGAAAGGACCCCCCUCGCUCCCACUCGUCUCCGCGGGUGCCAGCAGGAUUGUAGAUUCCCCACCCUCCACCACCAACCACCACGGCUCGACCUUCUCUCUGUAUGUUGUUCCCCGUCCCGAGAGAGAGAAGUUGAUGGCGCCACGGUGGGAAGUCCAGGGCAACGGCGUCAACUGAAGGCCGAACAGCUGAAGCAGUUGGCAGUUGGUGUCGACGAUUCCCAUGCGUACAAUAAUUGAAACAAUAUAAGAGCUCCAAAAGUGGCAACCUG